AGGAAAUGUACAGAUAAUCGAUAAUAACUAUAACAGCCGGUCACCACAGCCAAUGGCCGCGGUGAACCAAGCAAAUGUGAGCAUGAUAUCGCAAAACCUUGUGCGAAUUAAGAAGGAGAGGGAGAGGGUAGUGAUAAACGCAAACGGGAAGUAUGGAAUAGGUGUGAAUGCAUUUGUAAGCAUAAUGCGCAGCAAGCGCACCCAAUGCAAUGCACGCAUAAUGAAUCCGAUAGUCGAGGUUGCUAUCUCAUUACUGCAGCGUGGAUUUAAGGCUAAUUUAAAGGUACAAUUCGUUGAUGGUUCUUCCCACCCAAAUGCCACAAGAAAUGGGCUGACCAUCGAGCGGUAUACCGAAAUAGUAAGCAACCAGUAAUAAGUAAAGCAGCAGAUUGGUUGGGUCCGCCGCCAGCCGCACGACUUAGUCGGACACCGUACCACAACUAAGACUUAAUAACAGAGAUAGGCAAGUAAUGGCCGUAACGCUAACGUAUUCGUAAUAGGAUUAUUGUAAGCAGAUACCACAUAGGCAUUUGUGUGGGUGAGACAUCUUCAGUACGAAAGAAACCAAGGCCAAAACCAAGGUAGGCCACCAAAAGCAGUAUAAGCAGUAAGAAAGUACAAUCAGCGACCGCCCACCGACCCAGCCGGACCGCCAGUUGCGAAUAAGAAGACUGGUGUUGAAAACGCGCCACAGCGAAAUCGUAGGGUUCAGAGGAUUGGAAAAAAUAAAAUAAUUGAAAGAAUAAUAUGUCAAUAUAUCAAUAUAUUAUAAUUAAUAUUAACUGAAACUGAAUUUGAAAUCAAUGUAUUCUGAAGAUUGAUGUGGAAUAAAUCGUUGGUGGCUGGAUUUCAGUCCAAGCCCCCCAGAGUCCCAAGCGUCAGGAAAUUAACUGCCCGUCGGUGAAUGAUGGGAUCCGAAUUCGCUCCGGUACAACAUAUUGA